AAUUGUCAAACACUACACAGCUUCCUCUCCUAGGUUCGUAACCGAUUGGUGAUUGCUGGCAUUUACUUCACCGAUUGUAUCUGUGUCGAGUCCACCUCGAAGUUGUGUGGCAUACCAUAACGGUGCUCGCGAAUUUCAAGUGCAUUCGGUUUUUGUGCUACACCAACAGCAACCUUCAAUGAAUUUCAAUUCACUUUGUGUGUAAUAUUUGGGGAAAACAAUGUCAGAAAAAGACGCCACAAACUCGGACAUAAUCCAAAAAUCAAUUGGGGUUUUUGGACGAUGGCACGUGGCAGUUUGUUUCAUUAUUUUUCUCGUCAAAUUCCCAGUGGCUUGGCACCAACUCAGCAUCGUAUUUCUAGCACCUCCGAUGAAAUUCUCUUGCAUAGAUAACGACACAGACAAAUGCUCCAGUAACUGUAGCGAACACAUUUUUGACAGAACAAUCUUUGCGGAGACAAUCAUCACUCAAUGGGACCUAGUCUGUGGCAGAACGCAUUUAGCAAGUCUGGCCCAAACUGUGACGAUGUUUGGGAUUCUGUCCGGGAACAUGCUUUUCGGAUAUCUUUCUGAUAGGUUUGGACGGAGAGGCCCAUUGACUGGGGCGGUGAUCUUGCAGGUUGUUUCUGGGACUUGCACUGCGUUUGCUCCCUAUUUCCCGCUCUUCCUGUUUAUGCGAUUUUUGGCCGCUUUGUCCACGGGCGGCACAAUGGUCAUUAGUUUUGUGCUAGUAAUGGAACUAGUAGGGCUAGAGUGGCGAACAACGUUGGGCAUCCUCUACCAAAUUCCCUUCAAUCUCGGCCAUUUGUUAUUGCCCCUCUUUGCUUAUUUUCUCCGCGACUGGAGAUACUUCCAAAUUACGAUAUCACUACCUGCCGUUAUUUUAAUUUCCUACUACUGGAUCCUCCCAGAGUCGCCUCGGUGGUUGCUAACAGUCGGCAAAAAGGACAAAGCGAUCAAGCUUUUGGAAAAAGCCGCUCAUUAUAACAAACUCCCAACGGAACACAUCAAAGAGGACGUUUACAACUACAUGCAAAAAAACGAAAUCAAUGAAGAGAAACAAGCCGGCAACAUUCUAGACUUAGUAAAAACACCAAUAAUGCGAAUGUACACAUUUUGCGUCGGCUUCAACUGGUUCGUAUGCGGGCUAUGUUUCUUCGGAAGUGCCCAGUACAUCGGACAGUUGGGCGGAAACAUUUUCAUCAACGUUGCCCUAUCUGCUGUUAUCCAAAUCCCGAGCACCUUAUUCUCAAUCUGGGCUGUGAAAGCGUGGGGGCGUAAACGCACCUUAAUCUCCAGCAACAUUUUAGCAGGAAUUUCCUGUCUUUUGAUCGCCAUAGUCCCAGGGAAACUGGCUUGGGUUCGCACAACGUUGAGUUGUGUGGACAUGUUCGCGUUAGCUGUGUCUUUCCCAACAGUUUACAUUUAUUCAGGGGAACUUUUCCCGACUGUUGUACGAAAUAUAGGCGUGGGGACUUCGUCAAUGUGUGCUAGGUUUGGCUCAAUGGCUGCUCCGUUCAUUGCAGGACUUGUUAUAGUCCAGGCGUGGUUACCCCCGGUUAUUUUUGGGGUUGUUCCGCUCAUUGGGGCACUGCUUUGUAUCAAACUACCAGAGACACUUAACUGCACACUGCCGGAUACGGUCGAGGAAGCGGAGCAGUUUGUUAAAAAAGCGCUAGCUAAUAACGACACAGAAAUGCGAUAAGUUAUGAAGUACAAAAUUUCAUUGUUGAAAUUAAUUUUUAAUACUUUAAGUUAGCGAAUUUGGAGUCUUUCAAUAAUGUGUAUUUUUUUAAUAAAUAGCGUUAAUUGUGGUUUUGGCCAUAAUUUAAUCCUCCCGGCGCAUCCACCAAAAUUUGACAAAAAUAAAUUGACUACUGUAAGCUGA